AUGCGUACAUGUAUCAACGAUGACGACGACAAUGUCCUGCCCGAGUGUGAACUCUGCCGUCGAAGAUGCAAGCCACUGCGCUGUACGGGUUGUCGCCAAGUUGUGUAUUGUUCGAGAGAAUGUCAAAAAGAGGCUUGGAAAAAAGGACACAGAACAGAAUGCAAACGGCCGAUGAAACAUAUAAAUAAUAAUGAUGCUACUAAUGAGAGCGAUGCCAAAGCACAAAAAGCCUUGCAAGAACUCCAAACUCUGAUGCUGUCAAAAGAAACCAACAAUCACAGUCUAGAUACUCAUACUCUCUCGGCAGAGUACUACAAGGCCAAAGAUCAAGUCGAGCGAUUGACCAAAGAAAAAGAAAAAGCUGACAAUGACAGAAAAUCCAAACAUGAAGAAGACCCAAUACUGGAGCCGUCCAUAAAUACCACUGGCAGCCAUGGUCCAGCAACCGCCACCUCCACCACCAAUAACAACAACAGAAAACCUUCCAAAAACACAAAAACAACCAAAAAACAAUAUACUAGUAACAUCAACCCAACAACCGUCGCAGUCCAACAACCAGACCCUCCCUGUCCUCCGCACUGGUGGGACUAUUGGGUGGAACAUUUGACUCGCAUUUCAUCCUAUCAACUGGUCCUGAGACCAAACAACAACAACACCAAUCAACCGUCCCUCACAACAACAAGCCUACCAGUAUCAAUAGACAAUCUCGAAAUGUCCGUCACACACAGCAAAGAUGGAGAAUCCUCAUUGGUCGUUCUCCGACAACUCACCUCAGCCACUGAAUGUAACCAACUCUUUUGUGCUAGACUGCAAGGAAAGAUUCAUUCACAGCCAAGUUCCUUUCAAGUCACACACGAUGCUCUUCAUAUUCGACUACACUACCCACAACAACCAUCCCAACUAAUGGAUCAGCAGCAAGACAUGGGAUUUUUGUCAUCCACUGCUUCAAGUAUACUCGACAAGACUACUGCCAAUCAAUUGGCAUGCAAGUACUGUCAUCAAUCCAUUCUAGCGCAGACAAAAACAACAAAAGCAACAACAAUCAUUGACCGAGUGGUCCCCUUGCCUUCUGCCAACUGGGAUGAAAUUGCAGAUUACCUUAUCUGUUACAGUGGUCAAGCCACCUUUGACUUGACAACCUCGUCCACCAAUGAAGCACAGGUAGGGGUUGUGCUUGUGGACAAGAGUGCCAUAUUGCUGCAUCAAUCAGACGUGGGAACUGCCGUCUGUGUUUUGGCGGUAGAAGGGUACGGAGAAAACCAUACAACACUGCAGCAACAGCAACAAUCCACAAGGACAUCUUUGGCAGAAGAACUGGGCAACGAUACACCCGCCACGGUACGCGGUCCUCGCGAAUGGAGAGAAACCGUGGGAGGUGGAACUCUUUGUUGCAGUCAAUGUUGUGCCGUGCUGGGGUUUGCUUCCAUUACUUCGCCCGAAACAUUUCGAUUCUUGAAACAUCGAUUAUUGUUGGUGACUCCUCCUCCACCGCUCGAGCAGCAGGUUGCUGCUGCUACAAAUCCACUCAUGUCGUGUACUUCCUUUGUGGUACAAGAAAUGAUUCGAUACGCCGAGACAAAGGCCAUUUUCACAUUUGUCCUGGAACGAAAAAAGAGGUCGCCCUCUAAAGCACACCACCCCAAUACACAACAACAACUUUUACUGUUAAAAUUGCUCAGCUGGGAUUGUCAUUUUGCCACCAGCAAGGAUGCGGCAAUCUCCAUAGAGGACGAUUCUGGUAUGCUGGCAGUGAGCCAACCACGGUUCCAGAGGUCAGCGAAACUCAUCUUUGAGGAGUUGUGGGUGAAAGAAUCCAGCAACAACAACAACACCGACCAAGACGCCAAUGAGAGUGACCCUUCCAAUUGGGUUUGGGGAGGAGCCGAUCUUUGCUGCCUCCCAACGACGGCACGAGCAACGGAAAUACCAAAUGACGCGUCACCAAAGAAUCCACUACCGACAUCGAUGCAACAAUCGGAAAGUUCGUCAUCGUCGUCAGUACGGUUGCUCUUGGAAGAAGAUGAAUGGGACGAGGUCAAGGACCAUGUGCAAACAGGAAAUGGUUUCUUUUCGGACGAGGUUGUGCAGGCCACCGUCAUUGCAAAGCUGGGCCUUCGUAGCAUUCCUGCUGCUGCCAAUAGCAAGCAGCCAGCCGGACUGUGUUUGAUUUCCCUUGACUAA